AUGGCGCUUCCCCCAGAUCCCACGGUCUCGCUCGGGCUCUGCAUCGCCCUGUGCCUGGGGGGCACCGUGGCCCAGAAUAACGGCACACAAGGUACCACUGAGGACUGCGACAACCAUAUGCUAUGCCCAGCAAACACCAAGUGUGUGAACAACACCCACUGCACCUGCCUGGAUGGAUACUGGCCAAGAGAAAAUCACCCCAUCCUCUUCACCGAUACAAUGGAGAUCUGUGACGAUAUUAACAAGUGUUUGGGGCCGAGCCUGCCAGACUGCGGACACAACACAAAUUGCAUCAACAUGGUUGGGAGUUACUACUGCACCUGCAUCGAUGGCUAUGAGCCCAGUUCUGGGAAAGCCAACUUCAUGAACGUGAGUGAGAACACCUGUCCGGAUAUUGAUGACUGUCAGGGCCACGCAAACUGCGUCAACGUGGCUGGGAGUUACUACUGCACCUGCAUCGAUGGCUACGAGCCCAGCUCUGGGAAAGCCAACUUCAUCCUGACCUAGCGCUUUCUCCUUGCAAACAUUGAUAAGUGCCAGCGAAACACCACAAUCUGUGAGUCCCACGGGAACUGCAUCAACAUGCCAGGGAGUUACAUGUGUAAAUGCAGUGUGGGAUUUGGGAAGAGUCAGAAGGAUACGUCUAAGAUCUGCACAGACAUUGACGAGUGCCGCAAGACCCCAGAUAUCUGCAACCCCAACGCCACGUGUAUCAACACCUACGGAAGCUACCGGUGUAAGUGCCGGGCCGGCUACGUCCCCUCCAGUGGGAACACGACCCUGGGGGGGUCUUGGCAGGGCCUGGGGUUACACAGGCAGAGGUCCUGCCCGAGGGGGCAGCGAGCUGGAGCUCACCUGCCCCCCCUGCUGGAUGAUGACAACUCUGCCGAAGCCAAGAACCUCCUGGGCAGCUUCCAGGCACAGGUGGGACGUCUCUGCAAGGCGGCGCUGAAGCAACUGAAGCAGAUGGAGACUCAGAGCGCUGAGCCUGUGAAGGGGCAGCUGCAGGGCUUCUUGGAUAUUCUGAAGAAGCAGAUAAAUCUGGUGGGGCUGCAGAGUGAGAGCGUGGAGCGGAGACACCGGAUCGCGACGGAGCUGAUGGCCACAGUGGAGAUGCUGCUGAGAACGCUGGCCCUGACCCUGCAUGACAGCAUGAUCAGCAUCGCAUCCACUAACGGCACAGAGUUGGGGCUGGUGGUCAGGCAGGCUGGGAACCAGAGCCAGGAGACCGUGACGCUGCGGCAGAGCAAGAGGCAGAUGGAAUUAAAGUGGGCCGGAGACCCAGGGCAGAAAAAUGAAGGCUUCACGCUGGCCGGGCUGCUGACAUACCAGGGGAUGAGCCCCAUCCUGGAAGGUGCUGGGCGGGUGGAGGCGCCCGAGUUUGACAAGAUCGGCCAGACAGGGAAAUGGGCGCAGGAGCCGGGGCGGCCCAGCUACCGUGUGCUGUCGGCCUUCAUCAGUGACCCAGGCACCCAGGCGCUUGGCCUCUCUGUCAGCAUCUGCUUCAGCCACCUGGUGCCGGAGAAUAAGACUGACCUGCGCCUCCUCUGUGCCUACUGGAAGCCUGACAGCAGGCGCUGGGCCACCCACAGCUGCACCCUGCAGAAGCUGAAUGCCACCAUCACCUGCUGCCAGUGCAACCACCUGACCAGCUUCGCCGUGCUCAUGGCCUUCUACGAGCUGGAGGACUGGACCCUGGACGUCAUCACCAAGGUGGGGCUGGUGAUCUCACUGCUGUGCCUGCUGCUCUCCAUCGUCACCUUCCUCUUCUGCCGCGCCCUCAAGGGCCCCCGCACCACCAUCCACCUGCACCUCUGCCUGGCGCUUUUCAUCGCCUACACCGUCUUCCUCACCGGCACCUCCAGCACCGGCAACAGGGUACUCGGUCCUCCCGCCAGCCUCAGGCCCCAAUCCCCACAGCGCCCCCUGCUGGGAGCUCCCCCCACAGCCAGCCUCGGGCCCCAAUCCCCACAGCGCCCCCUGCUGGGAGCUCCCCCCACAGCCAGCCUCGGGCCCCAAUCCCCACAGCGCCCCCUGCUGGGAGCUCCCCCCACAGCCAGCCUCGGGCCCCAAUCCCCGCAGCGCCCCCUGCUGGGAGCUCCCCCCACAGCCAGCCUCGGGCCCCAAUCCCCGCAGCGCCCCCUGCUGGGAGCUCCCCCCACAGCCAGCCUCGGGCCCCAAUCCCCGCAGCGCCCCCUGCUGGGAGCUCCCCCCACAGCCAGCCUCGGGCCCCAACCUGGCCCUGCCUGUGAGCAGAGACCCACCACGCACCUGGACUCGCCGCAUGCAGAUGCUUCAACGGUUGCCCGGUGGAACCUGCCGGGGGGGGGGCACCGUUACACUGCCCAGCUGCCCCCACCUGCGAGGCACUCACCAGCCCCAGACCUGCGCGCUGCCAGCAUCGCCAGCAAUAGCAACGGCCAGCAGGGCAGCCACUCAGCUCCGACGCGACGUCCUCUGGCCACAGGGGGCGCCUUUCCCUUUGGUACGACCGGGUCCCCGGCCCCGCCUGCGGUACGACGCUGGGCCGGGCUGAGCACGGGCAGUGGAGAUGAAUCCAGCCAGCAGUGA